AUGCAACUGUUAUGUUUUUGUUUCAGAAUACAGAAGGAACUGGCUGAAAUCACAUUAGACCCGCCCCCAAACUGCAGGCUAGUGAUUGUUUGUGUCAUUGGAGAUAAUUUAUAUGAAUGGGCAUCAACAAUACUGGGACCAACCGGAAGUGUUUAUGAGGGCGGUGUCUUCUUUCUAGAUAUCCAUUUCACAUCAGAGUACCCUUUCAAACCACCCAAGGUGACAUUCAGAACACGGAUCUACCACUGCAAUAUCAACAGUCAAGGAGCAAUAUGCUUGGAUAUUCUCAAAGACAACUGGAGUCCAGCUCUCACUAUAUCUAAGGUCCUUCUGUCUGUGUGUUCCCUGCUGACAGACUGCAACCCUGCAGAUCCCCUGGUGGGAAGCAUAGCAACACAAUACCUGCAAAACCGCAAGGAGCACGACCGGGUGGCUCGCAUGUGGACCAAGAGAUUUGCUGCUGGCUUAAGCAGUUAG